CCAUUAACAAACUAUCUGUACAAAGACAUGGUCACCAUUCAUCCAAACCUCAAGCCAUGGCAUCAGUCCAUGACAAGCAACCCGCAGCACUACUCACACACCACUGCCUCUCCUCUAUUCACCACCAAACCUCUCAUCCCAUCUAGAAUUUCAUGCACUGCUUCAUCAGAAAGCAAUCAAUCUUCCCCUGCAGGCAGAAUCAAACGCCUUGUCCUUCCCCAAGAGGGCAGAACCAAACUCAACACUUACCCGGACAGAGAUUUCUAUGCCUAUCCGCGCUUCGUGACCCAUGUCGACGAUGGCUUCAUUUCCACACUGACCAAUCUGUAUAGAGAAAAGUUGAGACCCGACUCCGAGAUCCUUGAUCUCAUGAGCUCAUGGGUUAGUCAUUUACCUAAAGAGGUACAGUUUAAGAAAGUCGUGGGACAUGGCCUAAAUGCGCAAGAGCUUGCUAAGAACCCUAGGCUGGAUUACUUCUUCGUCAAGGAUCUGAAUCAGGAUCAGAAGCUUGAGUUGGAAAGCUCUAGUUUUGAUGCUGUGUUAUGCACCGUUAGCGUUCAGUAUCUUCAACAGCCUGAGAAGGUGUUUGCGGAGGUGUUCCGGGUUCUAAGACCGGGAGGGGUGUUCAUAGUGAGCUUUAGCAAUCGAUUGUUCUACGAGAAAGCAAUUGGGGCAUGGAGAGAUGGGAGUGCAUACAGCCGGAUACAACUAGUAGUGCAAUACUUCCAAUCUGUAGAAGGGUUCACAAAAGCAGAAAUCGUUAAGAAAUUACCAGAUGCCAAUGGUGGUGGUGCUGCAAAGAAUAAAUCCCCUUUCGGUUGGUUCAUGGGUUUGCUUGGAUUGAUGUCCGGGUCUGAUCCCUUCUAUGCAGUCUUAGCUUACAAGAACUUCAAACCUGUAUAUGAAACAGAAUGA